AUGGAUAGCUACGAAUCCUACACUAGCAAACUUUAUGCAUUAUGGCACGGGUCGGUCACGGAAGGAUUUGAGCUGGCCGAGUCACGAGAACCCAACCUCUUCAGCCACCAGAUAAUCGUUGCCUUAUCAACGAAGGACUUGACUCAGGCUGAUACCGUGGGACAUAUGGAACUGGUGACGUGGCAAUCUGGGAGAAGAUAA